AUGGCAUGUGUACAGCAAGUGAGAAAUUCACAGGAUACUCAGCUGUUGCCGAAUCAGGUUCUCACGGAGCAGCAGUCCUUGGUUGUUAUAAAGAAGCUUCUGGCCAUCGCUGUAUCCGGCAUCACAUACCUCCGCGGUCUUUUCCCGGAGAAAGCCUACGGGAGCAAAUAUGUUGAAGAGCAGAAAGUGAUGAUCCUCAGAGAAGAGCGCAGCUGUCCUGGUGCCAGUCAGAUUGUUCAGUGGAUGCAGGGAUGCUUUGAGGCCAUCCAGAAGAAAUAUCUGCGGACAGUUAUCAUGUCUAUUUACACCGACCCAGAAAAUCCUCAGAAAGUGACUGAAUUCUACCAGUUUAAGAUCCAGUAUACUUCAAAAGGAGCACAGAUGGAUUUUGAAAGCAACACCGACAACAAGGUGUCAACGAUGUCAUGCGGCAACACCAAGAAGGCGAGCAUCCUGUUGGUGAGGAAACUCUACACGCUGAUGCAGAACCUCGGCCCUCUGCCCGACAACGUCUGCCUCAACAUGAAGCUGGCUUACUAUGACGACGUCACUCCUCAGGAUUAUCAGCCGCCGGGUUUCAAGGAGGCGGACGGAGACACCAUGGAGUUUGAGAAGGAGCCUGUCAAACUCACCAUGGGAGAAGUGAUGACGCCCUUCCACACGGUGAAGCUGGACAUGGCGACGGAGAGACAGAGACUGGAGCAGGUGGAGGGAAGCAUUAACGAGAUGGAGAAAUGGGUCCUAAGAAUGGAGGAGGAAGGAGUUCUGUCUCAGAGUCAUGUGAUUGAAGACGUGGAGAAUCCUGAUAACAGGAACACAGACUUGGACAACACCGAGAUCCAGAUGAGCGUUCAUGAGAAGAUCGAGACUUGUGAAGAAGUCAAAGAGAUGGACACUCUGGUGAAGAGGACCUCUGACAUGGAGGUCGGCCUGAAGAGGACCAGGAGUGGAAGGAUCAUCAAGUCCACUACGGAGACAAACCUGACUGUGAGCAACAAGAAGGCGACGGCUAAGAAGGACAAAGAGAUUUCUCAGUAUGACAUCCCCAACAGUCAGGAAACGCCGUCUACGUCUUCAUCUGUGUGUCGGAAGAAACGCAAAUUCAGCGAACCCAAAGAGCGCUACUGA